AUGCCCUCCCCAGCAUCCACCCUCCCCCGCCUCCACCUUCUCGCUUCCGUGCCAAGACGCUAUCACCCCACCACGAGUAUCACCACCACCAGCAGCUACAACUCCAGCAUCCGACUCUACAGCGCCACCGCACAGAGAAGUCUACCGACAGCGCUGGCCCGCGCGGGCCGCGCUGCGGAUCUACGCUCGCAUCCCGAGUCCGGCUUCACCCAGGAAAAGCUGCCGGACGUCAAGGGCAUGCAUCAUUGGGACGAGGGGCAUGCUACCGAGAGUGAGGCUGAUGUGAGUGUUUGA